GAGAGACAGAGAGAAACAGAGAGAGACAGAGAGAGGUAAAAGACAGACAGAGAGGCGAGGAGAACAUUAUUGGUUCAGAAGAAGAGAUGUGGACUUUGUGGACUGUGUGGACUGUGUGGAUGGUGUGGAUGGUGUGUUUGGUUCCGACCACAUCGGAGGCCCUGUGUACACCAGAUGACGGUUAUAAAGUGAGGCUCAGUAUUAAAACAGCUCUGGGAGAUGACGCUUAUCAGUGGAACGAGAGUGAGAUGUUUUUCUUCAGAGCGACGCUCGCCUUCGCCAUGCGGAGCUACGAUGGCAGUGAACAAUACGAUGUUUCCAACAUCCUGGUCUGUGACGAGACUGUGAGGGUGUCGUUUGUGUUUGUGGUGACAAAACCAAGCAACACCGCCGAGCUGGUGCCCAAAGCCGAGGUGGAGAACGCUAUUAAGAAGUCCAGGCACCGUAUCAACAGUGCCUUCCUGCUGACUGACCAGACGCUGGACUUUGUGGGAAUUGACCCCACCCUCGCGGCCCCCAUCCAGUAUGACACCCCGCCGUGGCUCAUCGCCUUCGGGGUGGUGAUGGGGCUGGUGUGCGCCGGCAUCGUCGCUCUGCUGGUCUCCACAUUUAUCAAGAAGACACGAUCUAAGAAACCACUCGCUGAGUCCGCGGAUGAGGAGGGGGCAGGAAGAGGAAACGGAAUCCUGUGUGAAAGUAUCAGGGGGAAAGACGGACUCUUCAACCGAGGAUUCGUCGAUGAUGACCGCCUGACAAAGCUGUAAAGUGUAUCCUGGUGGAAGUUGACAAGAUAUCCUCACUGACCCAAACCAAGGCAGUGCUAAGACCAUCAGUGUCCUGUGAAAACAUCAUAACUCUUAUUUUGUGACAAUAUGUUAAUAGUGCAAAAAGAUUAAAUAUAUAUAUAUAUAUAUUAAAAGACCUCCCAAUUUUCUCCAGAUAAAAAAGCCGGCCUGCGUUACCUCUUACGUAACUUUAAUGGACUUUUAUG